AUGCCAAGAAAGUCCAAGAAGUCAUUGGCAAUCGAAGAAGAGGAAGCGACUACCUCUGCUGCUAGUUCCACUGUUGCUGCUUCUGCUUCUCAUAGCUCAUCAUCAUCCAAUGAAAUGGAUACUUCCAUGAAUGAAUCAGAUUUGGUCGUCCCUGCCGAUGAUGAGAAUGAUGAUUCCAGUAGACCUUCUAGAAAAUCAAAAGAAACAGCAAAACGUGUCAUUCAUAAUGCCAUUCAAAGUAAAUUAGAGAAGGAAUCAGGUGCUGACACGAUGAUGGCUCAGGAUGAUGAUGAUGCUGAAGCCCCAACAUCUGAAAACAAGGAGGAAGAAGAAUUAUCUCAUGCUCCUCGUAUCAGUAUUGCUGCCAUGAAGAGAAAACAAAAAGCUGAAAAAUUGGCCAAGAAGAGACAACAAUUGAAGAAGAAGAAGAAGAGCAAGAAGGAUCAUGAAUCUUCGGAUGAGGAAGAUGCAAGCGAUCAUCAUGAUGAUGAUGAGGAAGAGCACGAUGAGGAAGAAGCCGACGACUCGGAUGCCAAGCCUAAAAAAAAGUCUUCUUCCAAGAAGAGAGAAAAGAAAAAGACAGCGUCCAAGAAAAAGGAAAAGAAAAAGUCUUCUUCAAAAAAGAGAAAGAAGAAGGAUGAAGACGACGAAUCGGACGAUCAUGAUCACUCUGAUUCUAAAAAGAAGAAGAAGAAGAAGAAGACUACUAAAAAGUCCACCACUAAAAAGAAAAAGAUCAAGCCUGGCAUGCGUGAAAUUCCCGAUGAAGAAGUACUCGAUCGAAUUUCCCAAAUGAAAGAUGAAGCCUUCACUGAAAUGAGUGAUGAUUUGCACACAGAAGUCUCUCCUGUGAGAACCAGUAAGGAAAUUUUCCGUGCCAUUCUCACUAAAAAUUAUGUACUUCUUAAAAAGAUCUUGGAAGAUGAAAAGAAUGUCAAUAAUAUUUGGAUUUCGAGAUCGGUUGAUUGUGAUUGGACUGUAUGGGAUUAUGCCAUUCGUUCCAAUGAUCAAAAAGCUCUUGAUAUGCUCUUUGAAGAAGCAACGAAAUAUAGAAGUAGAGUUUCACAAUCUCACUCGAUUGAAACCAUGAGUACUGGACAUGUUGGAAAAAGAACUUUUGGACGUGCUAUUCGUAGUGUCAAUGUCUCAAGAGGAGGUCGUGAAGGUAUUGAUGUUGCAUUUGCUAAAGAUUCUGAACAUUAUAAUUUCUCAAGAUGGAAUGAUGGAUUUUCUGAAGCAUUGGAAAGAAGUCUUUCAUGUCCUGAUAUCACUACAGAUACUAUUGAUUAUCUCAUUGUUAAGAAAGGAUUGGGUAUUUUUGGUGAAGAUGGUAUCUACAAUGCGGUUCAAUCUGGUAAUUUGAAAAUUGCAAUUCAUUUAGCUAAAAAGUUACAAGCACAAGAUGGAUUUGGAUUGAAUCUUCUCCACGUAGAAUCAUUGGAAUUGGAUGGUACUACCAAUUUCUCUGAAUACAAAUCUGUGAGUGUCGUGAAGAAGGCUCUCGCCAAAGAUGCUACACCAGUUCACUUUGCUGCUAUUAAUCCAAACACAAAAUAUCUCAAAGAAUUGGUUGAGAAUAAUAGUGAUGGAGUUGCUGUUCAAGAUGCUUUUCAAAAGAGACCACUUCACUUUGCUGCAUGUUCCUCUACUCCUGAUAAUAUCAAAUAUUUAUUAGAAAAGGGUGCUAAUAUUAUUGAAAAGGAUUCUCAAAAGAGAACUGCUCUUCAUUAUGCUGCUAAAUAUGGACAUGCUCAUAAUGUGGAAGUCUUGUGUCCAAAAGAUCAAAAGUAUGGAGCUAUUAAGGAUAAAUUUGGAUAUACUCCAUUGCAUUUGGCUUCUUGGUAUGGACAUGCAGAUGUAUGUGAGAAAUUAGUGGAGUGUGGUGUUUCAGUGGAUGUUGCUGCUAAAUUGAAAGAAACUCCAUUGAUGAGUGCUUGUAAGAGAGGACAUUUACAUGUCAUGAAGAAAUUGAUUGAAAAAGGCGCCAAAAUUGAAAAAUUAUGUUCUCGAAAGAAAUCUCUUCUCAUGUACGCUGCCAUGAAUGGUCAUUUUGAAAUUUGUCGAUAUUUAUUGAAACAAGGUGCUGAUCCCAAUCACAAAGAUUCAGCAGGUAACAGUGUCAUGCAUUAUGCUGUUGCUUAUGGUUGGUUUGAUAUUGUCAAAUUAUUACUCGUUGCUGGUGGUGAUUUACAUGCACUCAAUUCAUGGAAAUAUUCUCCAUUGAACAUUUCCAUGUUGAAAUCUCAUUAUGGUAUUACUGAAUUUAUUCUCAACGAUGCAGGUGUAGAUUUGAAUUUGAAAGAUUCAGAAGGAUGUACUCUCAUUCACAAAUUAAUGAGUCGUUUGAAUGAUCAAAAUGUGAAUCAAAUCAAAUAUUUGAUUGAAACGAAAAAGGAUCGAAUUGAUUUGACCAUUACAGAUGCCAAGAAGCAAUCACUCUUCCAUUACAUUACUGGAUCUAGAACCAAAUAUGAUAUUGAAUUAGCUAAAUUAUUUAUCAAACAUGGUCUUCAUUAUGAUUCGAUUGAUGCCAGUGGAGUAACUCCUCUCAUGAAAGCUUUUAAUCAUUCCAAUAUUAACAUGAUUAAAUUCUUAUUGGAACAAGGAUCACGAGUGAGAUGUAAGAAACAUGAAGAGAAUAUUCUUCAUUUGGUAUUGAAACAAGUGAAUCAUAGAGAUUUGAACAAACUCUUUGGAAUUAUUUAUGAAAAUAUGGUCACUCAUAAGAGAGUGUAUCAGGAAAAUGCCUUGUCCAUGAUGAAUGAUGAAGUGGAUCAACAACACAAUGAUGAUAUUGUAACUACCAUCAAUCAUAAUAAUGAAUCCUUCCAUUCAACAACAAGUGAAACGGAUAUCAAAGAUUCUGAACAACUCUUUUACAAGAUGGCUCAAACUAUUGAUGCGACUGGUAAGACUCCACUCAUGGCCAUGAUUGAACAAUUUUCGAAAUCUUCAAACAUGUAUGAAUUGGCUGAAGAUAGUGAUGGUGAAGCAACUCCUUAUCCAACACCUUCUGCUGCUAAUAGUGAAGCCAAUAAUCCAUUCAAUGUUCUCUUUGGUCAACAUGAUGAUGAGAACCAUGGUAAGGAAACAAAGAAGAAACUUUCCAAAAAGAAAUCCAAGAAGAUGAAUGAUGAUUCUGAUGAUGAAGAAAUGGAAGAUUCUGAAGAUGACAUGAUGGAAGAUGAAGAGAUUGUACCCAAGAAGAAGAAGACAUCUAAAAAGAAGAAGAAACCAUCUCGACGAGAUGAAAAUUCUGAUGAAGAAAUGGAAGAUGAAUCUUCCAAUCCGAGUGACCUUUCUUCAGAAGAAGAGGAAGAAGGAGCAGCAACAGAUGCUUCAUUCCUUUCCAAUACUAGUGGUAGUGGUGGUUUCACUUUUGGUUCAUCCUCAACUGCUGCUGCUAUUUCUUCAACAAGUGGUAGUUUCAUGUUUGGUUCAUCCUCGACUGCUGUUGUUGGUGGUUCAUCCUCUCUAUUUGGAACAAGUGCUAGCACCCCCUUUGCAAGUACUACUACUACUACAACUACCUUUGCAAGUACCACCACCACCACCACAACAACAACAACAACACAAGAAGUUGAAUUAGACAGUGAUGGAGAACCCUAUGACUAUACCUAUGGUUAUGCACGAAAGAAACCAAAAACACCUACAGGUUCCAAUACGAGUCUAUUUUUACAAUUCUUGGACAAGUAUCUCACUCUCACUAAAACUUCAUUGAAACAUGAAAAGAUUGUUCACAUUACAGAAGCAAGUAAGAUCAAAAUUAAGGAUCCAAAUACAAACAAGAUGAGAACCAAAUACUAUCCACCCAAUCAAUACAUUUCGUAUACUCCUUUACAUUUUGCAGUCAAGUAUCGAAAUGCAGAAUUGAUUAAGGUCUAUUUGAGUCACAAGUAUCGAUUGGAUGUGAAUGCCAAAGAUUUUAAAGGAAUUACUCCACUUCAUUUGGCAGUACAAGCUGCUAAAUCCAGUGAUGAUGCGAUUCAUCUUGUGAAAUACUUGUUGAAACAUGGAGCUGAAUUGAAUAGUCGUGAUUCGUAUGGAAGAACACCAUUCUUUUAUGCUUUUACAGAUAUUCCAUAUCAAGGUACCAGUAGUAGUCAAAAUUAUUAUUCUUAUGGAAGUUAUUCUUCUUCCAAUGAUCCUAUUGAAUUAGUUUCAGAUAUGUGUAACUUUGAAGGAUUAGAAAUGGAUAUUGUCGAUCAUAUGAGUCGAUCUCCUCUUCACUAUGCUGCAUUGAGAGGUGCAACCAUUAGUAGUAUUUUCUUAAUUCAAAGAGGUGCUGAAUUGAAUCGUAAAGAUGAAGAUGGUAAUACAGUGACCAAUUUGGCAUUAUUAUCUUCAAAGGUUGAUUUUGUAGUGACUUUGAUCAAUAAGGGAGGAGAUGUUCAUGCACCCAUUUACUCUGGUUCUGUAGAUCCAUUGACCAUUCGUGAACAAAAAAGACGAGCCUUAGUAGAAGAAGGAAAGAAAAAGAAGAAGAGUCAUCUUUUGGGUGUGCGGUCUUCCUCUUUGAAACGUUAUGAUGAAGAUGACGAGGAUGAAGAUGAGGAUGAAAGUGAACAAGAAGAAGAAGAAGAAGAAGAACAACCACAAUUUGACUCUGAUUCAUCAUUCGAAGAAGAAGAAGAUCAAGCUGCUGAAAAUAACCUCUCCUAUCAUGCCAUUCAUGAAAAAGUAGCAAGUGAAGCAUUACCUUCCAUGACCAUGUUCAAAUAUGCUCUCUCGAAAUCCUUUAUGGGACUUGCCUAUCUCAUCAUGCAAGAACCUAACAUCAAACCCACUCAAGUCAUUAGUGAUGCAUUGGAUACCAAACAAUAUGGACUUGUACAAAAAUUAAUUCGAAAGACUCGAAAUGAUUUACUCAUUCAUGAUCUCAAUAGUGAUGGACAAAAUGUGAUGCAUCUCGUUGCUCGUCAUUGUGGAUAUCAUUCAGAAUGGAACAUGACAUGGAGUGUCACUAUUACUAAAAUGUUAUUGAGAAGACAUGUCAAUGUGAAUUUAGUAGAUACCUGUAAAGGAAGAACACCACUCCAUUAUGCUUGUAAGAAUAGAAAUGAUCAAAUUGUAUCAUUAUUAUUGAAACAUGGUGCACUACCAAAUACAUUAGAUACCAAAUAUAAGAGAAGUGCAUUGAUUCAUGCUUGUAAGAAUUCAAGUGAAACGACCACUUUGGGAGUGAUGUAUUCUUCUCCUUCUCCAGUGCAAACCAUAGUCAAAGAUUUAUUAGCUCAUCAUGCCAAUCCCAACAUUCAAGAGACUAAAUAUGGAAGAAGUGCAUUACACUUUGCAGUAUGUCUUCGUGAUCGAAGAGUGGUCCAACAAUUGUGUCAAUCUCAAUCCAUCAAUGUGAAUUUACAAGAUGUUCCUCUCAAGAGAACACCUCUUCAUCAUGCCGUACUUCAGACUGAUAAUGAAUGUGUGAAUAUUUUAUUGAAUGAUGCUCAAAAAGGUAUCAAUGUCAAUUCAAAAGAUAUGGAUGAGAGAACUCCACUCCAUUAUGCUGUUGGAAUUAAUUUGUUUGGAUAUCAUCAAAAUGUAUCAUUGGUUGAGUCAUUGAUGAAGGCUAAAGCAGAUAUUCAUGUUCAAGAUAAGGAUUCUAAAUCACCACUCUAUUACUCGUAUCGACAAACCAAUGGUAUUUAUACGAAAUUAUUAUUAGGAAAGAGUCAUUCUUCCAACACGGAAUUGGAACAACAAGCUCAAAAUGAAAUCAAAUCAUUGAUUGAAUACAUGUCUACAUUCCCAGUACCACAUCAAAAUGUAUCCUUUGAGAGUGAUGCAAGUGAAGCAUUGAGAAUCUUUGAAGAGAAUGAAGCAAAUCGAGAAGAGACUGAAGAAGAAAAGAAGGAAAGAAUUCCAAAAAUGGAUAAAAAUUGUGCCUUGAAGAAUUGUCAAGUAUUACAAGAUGAUUCUCUAACGGAUGAAGAUUCACAAAGCACUGCUGCUACUUUGAAUGGAGAGGCUCGAUAUUUCCAUGCUGUAUUGAACAAGACCGAUGUCAAGUAUGGAACCAAUGGUUACAAUAAUUUUUAUAUUCUUCAAAUUGGUCAUAACGUUGGUCAAAAUUUGUAUGUUCUCUUCAAUCGAUAUGGUCGAGUGGGUGAGACUGGUAUGUUCCAAACGACUCCAUUCCAAGAUAAGGAUGAAGCAAUUGCUGAAUUUAAAAAGAUUUUCAAAUCCAAAACAGGAAAUGAAUGGGGUAAAGAAUUUGAAGAAAAGACUAAAAAGUACAAGAUUGUAGAUGUUAGUAAGAGAAAGGUUAAAGAUCCAUUACAACCUAUUGAUUUAUCCAAAGCUGCUUCAUCCACUCUUCCUGAACCCAUCUAUGAAUUGAUGAAAGUGGUUUGUGAUAUUACCAUUUUAAGAAAAGAUUUGACUCGAUUAGGUAUUAGUGAUGAAUACUUUUCAUUGGGUCAAUUAUCAAAGGAGAGAUUGAAGAAGGGUUAUGAAGUAUUAACCACAAUUUUACAAACCAUUAAGGAUAGAGAUGCUAAUCCAACCAUGCCUCCUUCUGAAUUACUUGUCAUUUUAGGAAAGUUAGCAGAUUUAUCCAAUGAAUUCUAUUCACUCAUUCCUCAUCAUGGAUGUGUCAAUUGUCCCAUUGAAUCUCUUGAAAGUGAAUCAGAUGUUGUUUCUAAAAUGAAAUCAUUGGAAGAUUUAAUUGAAUUGAGAACUGCAGCAAGAAUAUUAUUAGCUUCUCAAUUGAAUAUCAAGACUAUGAAUCCACUGGAUUAUACCUAUCAUGCAUUGGGUGCUCAACUUGCACCACUCGCCAAGACGGAUGAAGAAUUCUCGGUUAUUAAUAGAUAUAUGGAUCAAACUGGAGGAUCUUCUGUCAAGAUUAUGAACAUUUUUAGAGUGAAUCGACAAGGUGAAUCCGAUCGAUUCGAUCAAUUCUUAUCCAAUCAAAAAUCAAAAGGAAAGAAUAUUCAUCGCAUGUUAUUAUGGCAUGGAAGUCCAGUCACGAACUUUUUAUCCAUUCUCUCUAAGGGUCUAUUAAUUGCGCCAAAAGAAGCGCCAGUCUCUGGUUACAUGUUUGGUAAAGGAAUUUACUGUGCAGACAUGUUUGGAAAGAGUUUGGGUUAUUGUCGAUCAGACGUGAGUGAGGGACAAGCCUUACUCUUAUUGUGCGAAGUAUUGAUUGGAAAUCCAUAUCGUACCUAUGAAUCUGAAUAUAUGGAAGAAGCAAAGAGUGGUUUCGAUUCCACCAUGGGUGUUGGUGCGAGAGGACCCAAUUCUGAGCAGCCAUUUGUUCAGUACGAUGGAGUGCACAUUCCAUUGGGACCUGUUGUGGAUACACCAAAACCUGUGGAAAAGACUAAUGCUAAUCGUUAUUGGAACUUCCCACUGCAUUACAAUGAAUAUAUUGUGUAUAAUGUGGAUCAAGUGAGAAUUCGUUAUAUGGUUCAAGUCAAGACUUUGUAG